AUGCCGCCUUACCUCUGGAACCCCGUGCCCCGGAAGAUACGAGGCACCACUUCGAAAGUACCUCCAGUCAUGGCUCGACCUGCAUAUGUCUCGUCCAUCGCUGACUUUGACCGCGCCGACGAAUUCCGUAUGGACGACGUCCUCGAAUCUGCCGUUGAUCAGCUUGAAGCUCAGGCUAAAAACCCCAAACCUAUGACACUAUCAGAUCUUAUUGUACGAUUCGGGGAACUCGGCUUUCACCAAACUGCGCGCUUCGACUUUCGGCCACCACGGCCAUGUAAGAACUGGCCAGGUCCUUCUCAUGGCGACUUUCCGCUUCAUGAAGCCAUCAGUGUGCGGACAAGGACCGCAGCGGUAGCCCGCACCGGAAGCAAGAUCAUGGCAAGGGCGAAGCAUCCUAGAUGCAUGAAGAAGAAGACCAUCCGUAGUGUUCCUCCGCAGUCUAGACCCUCUGCUUCUCCUCGAGACCCGUCACUCACCCUUCUCGGUUUGCCGGCAGAGAUUCGGAACGCCAUCUGGAGCCUCAUCGUGCUUUCCGACAAGCCUAUUGAAGCACAUGUCCGCGAAAUAUGUCCACUAAAGAAGAAGCGCAACCGAGUCUUGAUGCGUGCUCUACCACGAGAACCCCUAGUAAGCGCUGUCAAUCGCCAAAUCAGGAAAGAAUCACUUUCUCUCUUCUACGGAUCCAACGCGUUCGUGUUCGAGAAGCCCGAUUUUCGAGGCACCAAGGGCCACUCUAUGACCGACGUCGCCAAUGUCAAGCGAUGGGCCCAGGGAAGAGAUUUUGCCAGGUAAGUUGAGACCAUCUCAGAGGAAGACGCGUUCUGCGCGGCUGUGCAUCUACAGAGCUCCCCAAACGCCACUUCGGACAUUCGAGCUGACUCUUUGUCCUAGCUACCUAAGCCAAGUCGACCUACGCUUCGUUGCAUACGCUCACAGCGGAUCCGAGAAAGAAUCAUACCCACACUUUGUGUAUCGCCUACGACGAGUCGACUGUACCACAAACUUGAAGAUCGCCGUCAAGACCACGUCAGGCAAGAAGCUCAAGCUAUGCGUCUGCUCCGAGUCCGUGUCAUUCUCGAAUGAUAAGAAUUUACUGGAAGCAGCCAUCGAGGUAUUGGAGCAACGGCUGGUGAGGUUUCUCAAGCCUGGAGGUCGACCUCUUACGGAGAAGUACAUUGACAACGAGGAUGUCAAGUGCGAGAUGUGUGAGAUGCCGAAAGUGAGGCGGAUUUGGAGCGGUAUCUGA